UAAACUACAAGAUGCAGGAGAAUAGCGCUGAGCUGUACGAGGAGGUGAAGCUCUUUCGCAACGCGCGGGAACGCGAGAAGUACGACAACAUGGCUGAUCUGUACGCUAUCACGAACACAAUCCAGCAACUGGAGAAGGCCUACAUCAGGGAUUGUAUUACGCCGCAGGAAUACACGGCAGCCUGCUCCAAGUACCUGGUGCAGUACAAGGUGGCCUUCAAGCAGGUGCAGUGUGAUGAGUUCCCCACAGUGGAGUCCUUUGUGAAAAAGUUCCGCCUGGACUGCCCAGCAGCGCUGGAACGAAUCAAAGAGGACAGACCCAUUACCAUCCGAGACGACAAGGGCAACACCUCCAAGUGCAUUGCCGAGAUCGUGUCGCUUUUUAUCACUAUCAUGGACAAGCUUCGCUUGCAGAUCAACACAAUGGACGCCCUGCAGCCGGAUGUCAAGGAUCUGGCCGACAACAUGAUCCGUCUUUCGCUCAUUCCCGAGGACUUUGACGCCAAGUUGAAGGUUGAGAAGUGGCUGGGCACUCUCAACGAGAUGCAGGCCUCCGACGAGCUGAGCGAGAGUCAGGUCCGUCAGUUCCUCUUCGACCUGGAGUCGUCCUACGCUGAUUUCAACAAGCUGCUGCACAGCCAGUAGCUGCCGUUACUCGUUUCUCAUUGUGUACAUGUAGCAUUAUAUUUAAAUAGUAUAUUCCGAAUUAAAAAAAAAUUUUAUA